CUGAUAGUGACAAUCAUACACUUCUCACAGAGCCACGGGAGACCGAAAGAGUAACUUCGGGCAAUUAGUUUAACUUUGACUAUAAAUAUUCCUUCUCAUUCCUUGUGACACCACUAACAGCUCCGCUGGCAAAUCCCGAUUCUCUGGCAAUAUUUAAGCUGCCUGUCAGUUGGCAGAGGCUUGGUGGUGCCCGGCGCGGGGAGCAGAAUGAGACCCAGCUGAGCGCAAUAUACGCACCAAGACAAGGCAGCACUCGGCCUGCGAAGGGAGCCAUGGAGACCACCAGCAGCACCCCGUCCUCUGCGACAGCCCCGUGGGAUGUGUUUCCCCAGAAGACGCUGAACUCCAUAGACAUUGCUGUUCUCGUGCUGUACUUCGUGUUUGUCCUCGCAGUUGGGCUGUGGUCCAUGUGGAAGACGCAGCGCAGCACUGUCAAAGGCUACUUCCUAGCUGGAGGACAGAUGGUUUGGUGGCCUGUGGGCGCAUCCCUGUUUGCCAGCAACGUCGGAAGCGGCCACUUCAUCGGCCUGGCUGGGUCGGGAGCCGCCUCGGGCAUUGCCGCGACAGCCUACGAGUGGAACGGGAUGUUUUGUGUUUUGGUGCUGGCCUGGCUGUUCCUUCCAAUUUACAUAGCAGCAGGAGUCACCACCAUGCCCGAGUACCUGCGGAGACGUUUCGGAGGCAAAAGAAUUCAGAUGUUCCUGGCGAUUCUCUACUUGUUCAUCUAUAUCUUCACCAAAAUAUCAGUAACUCUCCUAAACGGCGGCAUUUUCNNCCAACAGGCCUUACACUGGGACCUCUACAUCGCUGUGGCGGGCUUGCUGGCGAUCACAGCCGUUUACACGGUUGCGGGUGGCCUGGCAGCCGUCAUCUACACAGACGCUCUGCAAACGCUCAUCAUGCUGGUCGGGGCCGUGACUCUCAUGGUCUUCAGCUUUAUUGAAGUCGGCGGCCUUGAAGGUUUGCAGACAAAAUACUUCGAUGCCAUCCCCAGCACCCGCAAGGAGAACAGCAGCUGCGGCUUGCCAAGAGAAGAUGCUUUUCACAUUUUCCGAGACCCUGUUAACUCUGACCUUCCCUGGCCGGGAGUUUUGGUGGGAAUGACGAUCCCGUCCCUGUGGUACUGGUGUACAGAUCAGGUCAUCGUUCAGAGGUCCCUUGCUGCUAAAAACCUUUCUCACGCUAAAGGAGGCUCCUUGAUGACCUCCUACUUGAAAAUUUUGCCCCUCUUUAUGAUGGUAAUGCCGGGCAUGAUCAGUCGGAUUCUCUUCCCAGAUCUAGUGGCUUGUGCAGAUGCGGAAAUUUGCCGAAAAAUCUGUGGCAACCCCUCUGGCUGUUCUGAUAUCGCUUAUCCCAAGCUGGUCAUCGAACUUCUGCCUGUAGGACUCAGGGGCCUGAUGAUGUCAGUGAUGAUAGCAGCUCUCAUGUCCUCCCUGACUUCCAUCUUCAAUAGCGCCAGCACCAUUUUCACCAUGGACCUCUGGAAACACUUCCGUCCACGUUGCUCCGAGUGGGAGCUCAUGAUCGUCGGCAGGGUCUUUGUGCUGCUGCUCACCGUGGUCUCCAUCCUGUGGAUCCCACUGGUGCAGGCUGGCCAGGGAGGGCAGCUCUUCAUCUACAUCCAGUCCAUCAGCUCCUACCUGCAGCCCCCAGUGGCAAUGGUGUUUAUACUGGGUUGCUUCUGGAAAAGAGCAAACGAAAAGGGCGCGUUCUGGGGCCUGGUGACCGGGCUGCUGCUGGGCGGCAUUCGACUGGUGCUGGACUUCGUCUACCCCGAGCCCUGGUGCGGCGAGGCCGACCCCCGCCCCGGCGUGGUGCGGUACAUGCACUACCUCUACUUCUCCAUGGUCCUGGCCGCCAUCUCCACGCUCACCGUGCUGGUUGUGAGCAUGCUCACAGAACCCCCCUCGGAGGAAAUGAUAAGUCGGCUUACCUGGUUCACACGUGGGGAUCUGCCAGUCAAGACAGACCUAGCAGUCAGCCCUUCCCCUGACGCUGCAAAAGGAGUGUGUGAAGCUGAGCGCCCAGCUCUCCAGAUUGAUAUAAGCAUUGCUUCUGAAAAUAGUUCAAAUGAUAAUAAAUGUACGGCUAACGCCCAGGGGAACUCGAAGGUGAUGAGCACCUUUCUGUGGCUCUGCGGGAUGGAGCGCAAACAGGAAAACGCCGAGAACGCGUCACCGGCUAAACCCGAGCCGCUGCCCGUGGCUUCCCUGGAGGAAAAGCCGCUGGUGAAACACGUCCUGAACAUCAACUUGCUACUAUGCGUAUGCGCCGGGCUCUUCCUCUGGGCCUACUUCGCAUAG